GAAAAAAGAAACGGACACACACAGGGAGAAAUAAAGGGCUCUCUACUAUUUCUCCUUUUUUGUUCGUUUCGUUUCUUUUGGGAACAAUUGAAUGUUGACGACGAUGACGGCCAAGCCAUAUGGUGUGGGCUCCACUCUUUGAAAAUGAGAAGAAACAGCCAUACAGACCAAUUGUGCGUGUUGGCUGAACGGUGAACAAGACAUUGCCGACCGCGAUUUCACUUCUGCCGACCAUAUAAUCCUAUAAGGGACUAAACAGCCAAACGUUUUGCGGCCGUCUUAGUAUAACCUGGGCCCCCCAAUAGAAUCUCGGGCACACACUUUCCCUUCACGCCGACUGUGUAUGGGCGACACACACACAACGGCUGUGCGGCCAAAGAAAAAAUCUCAAACUUUCUUAAUGAUAGGCUCGAAUAGUGCAAGUCCCGGUCGUGCCAACAACAACUCACGGCUGCGGUUCUUCCCUAUAUACACGAAAGAAAGAAAAUGAUUUCGGUUGUAACCGGCGGCGUGCCGCGCCAUGUGCUCGACGAAAUAACCGAGGAAAUGAGAAACAACAGCAGACAACACAAGCUAUAGUUUUUAACUCAUUUAAGUAGAUAUUGUGUGGAGUUAUAUAUUUUUUCUUUCGGGCCGUUUUUCGCAUUGACAAAGUCCGUCCUUGACGCCUCGGCUCUAUCGCAACAAUUCCCACAUCUGUCCGCUGGGGAAGUUCUUAUUUUUAUCUGUUCCAAGUAGAACGAGUUCACUUUUGUUUCCAUUUGAGUGUAUCUCUUCUUCUUCUUUUUUUCUUUCUUUCUGACAUUUCUAUUCUGCCGACUGUUGGCCGUACGCUAAUGUCGCGGUGGUGGUGGCCGAAUGGACCGGCCACAUGGCCCGCGCUCCCGUCGCAGCAUCUGCUGUUUUCCCAAGGCUCUUCUCGUUCACCUCUCGUCCCAUUACGCGUGUGUGUAUAUGAUUGUACACUCUAAUGAUCGUAUAAUUCGUCCAAAAGAAUAUGUUGUCUUGUUUUUGUGUUGUUUCGUUUCUAUUUAACGACACCGGGGUCUAUUGCUGGAGGCCGGCCGCUGAAAAAACAGCUCAGACUUGUACCUCGUUCUCUCUCUCGCCCACCACUGACACGGUUUUUUUUUUCCUCUUCGUUUAUCUCUUAUUGGCUUUAUUAUAACGUAUGUCCUGUCUCUUUUUUUUAGAGAGAGGGGGGGGGGGGGGAGGCCUGUUAUCUGGUCGGUCGUUUUCCAAGCGAAUCGCCGAAAUAAUUAAGAGUUUGGGUGUCUCCUUUUUUCUUUUAUUUGACGUUUUUCUUUUAUCUAUUUUUUUUUCUCCCCUUUUCUUUUAUUGACUUUGUUUCCAGUUGUUUUUUUGAAUUUCUUGCUCUUUCCGAUUCGGACGAGAGCGUCCGGCUGUUAGACUGCUGACAGCAACAGACGGCCAACCGAGCGCUGUGGCCGUCGGGCUGUGGCCGGUCAUCACCACGGUGUGUUGUUUGUCCAUAGUCUAGAUGCGAUUGCGCACCGCAUUGAGAAUGCCAGAGCCAGAGAGUUGGCAGCAGCCGUUGUAUUCGAAAAAAAGAUGUUGGAGGGUUGCUGGAGGACAGAGCAGCAGCAGCAGCACAUAGAACAGGUGGUCACUUUCACUCAGACGUCAGAGCGUCACGAGGUCUUUUAUUUCUCAGAGGCGAAGAGAAUGCCAUUGCCAUCCGGACGGGUUCGUCAUGGACGGAACAGAUGUAGACUGUGUAUAGUAUCACUAUGGGAGCAGCAGCAGCAGCAGCAUUCAUUUGAUAGCAACAGGUAAAAAAAAAGAAAAACGUCAAGAAUUCACGGUGCACAAGAUGGGAAAGAUCAAAAGAGAGUCGUCACUUGUUCAACGGGUUUCUCUCCUCAAGCCUUUCGGGGGUCUAAAUAAACGGCGAUCAAGCGAAAAGACUCGAGUUGGCCGUCCUCUCUUGUGAUGGCCGUGGACCACAAGAAGAUGAAAAAGGAAAAGGUGAUGAGUGAGUGACGUUUUUAAACGGAGAAAAAAUGAAGUAUCAAAGAAAACGGGCUCUUCCGCCUUUAGUAUUAUUGCACGUUGGCCGCCGAGCGAAGCCGUUUGUCAUUCUCCGCUCGAUGGCCACCCAUUGAACUGUUGGAAUACCCGGGGAUACCCAAUGGCACACAGCAGAUAAUAGGAGAAAAAAAAAGAGCAUAUCCAUAGACUAAUUCUACCAUUUUUUUUUCUUCUUCUUUUUCUUCUUUACUCGGGGAUAUGCGAGAUGUAAUUGUACAAAGAGGACCCGGGAGCGCCCAGCGUGAAACCUCCUCGGCCAACUCGCCCGGAAUUCUACGUGUAAAUCAUCCAGGUGGUUAAAGACAGACACACACACAUGGGCGAGGAGAGAGAGAAGCGCGCGGACACACGUCGUCCGCCGUGUGAGCUUGUGUGUGUAUAUACGUGUAGACUCUGGCUGCUGGCCCCAUAUCCCCCACGUGUGUGUGUGUGUGUGUCUAUGCAGUCCGUAGAGAGGUGCACAGGUGCUUGAUGUUAAUGUUUUCUUACAAUUAAGUACUUCUCUGGGACCCCCCUCCAUCUCUCUAUUGGAAAGAUAUAGUAGCGUGUGUAUACGGACGAUAAUAUAGUACACGCAUGCGAGGCGACGCUCCACGUUCGUGUGGCGGGAUAACAUUUUUUUCUUUUUUCUGGCCGCCGCGAGUCCUUCCGCUUUUGUUAGACGCUCCGUGAUGAAUUGUGUGUGUGUGUGUUACACACACGUACCACCCGUUACGCCAGCCCGCCGCCGGUGGACAUAUCGUGAACUGGUCUACUUGUUCUCGAUUGCUGCAAUUGCUAGUUAGCAUUCACGGCGAAGAGCUGCUGUUGCUGCUGCUGCUGCUGCUGCAGAUGAUGGAAGUAGACAAAUCUCUCUAGUCCCAAUAUAAUUGAAUCUGUCUUUCUCUCUUUUGCUCUCUUCUGUCCAAGCAACACAGCACAGCACACUGGCUGUUUUGAUUAGACAAAACGGCCAACAGCCGGUGCUGGGCCUCGAGGUGGGCCAACUCUUUUUCUUUUUUUUUUUUUUGAGACUAUUCUGUAGGGCAUUACGGUAGAUUGGAUUGUCAUCGCUUUUUUUCUCUCUCCUAUUUCGUUUGGAAAUGAAACGACUGCGAUACCUAUACACUCUCUUACUCGAGGCAACGGUUGAGAAGUUGUAUAAUUGAACAACAACAACAGUCGCCAACAACAAAAGGGGAAUAACUGCAAGGAGAAGCAGCCAGCGACCAUCUGUCCCGCGUCCGAAACGACGGCAACACUCUACGGCUGGGCUGGCCCCCGUGGUACAUUUCGACAUCAUCACGGCCGAGUUCUCAACACCUUGUUGGACUCCUCCGCCGUCUCUCUCUAGACCCCCAACGUAAUUUUCAAUCCAAUCUGCGGUCGAUGGCGAUCGAGUCCACCCUGAUUUUUCUUUUUUGGGAGAAUUUAAUUUCUCAUUUUGUUCGCCGUUCCUUUUUUUAUUGUUCGGAAUUUUUAUUUCUUUCGUGACUCAACAGCAGAAUGAUCGGCUGUUGGAUGAACAGUUGGUGCAGCUCAGAAAAAAAAAAAUAAGAAAAAUGUAGGCAAUCGAAUGACGAGGUAAAUAGGAGACGACCGCUCGAUGUGUAUAGACUAGAGUCAAACAGUUGGGCCAGCAUUUGGACAAUUACGUAAGGAGCAGCCGGUUAUUCUUUUUUUCCCUUUUCUUCACUCGAAAAAAAAGAGUGAGCGAGAAAGAACGUGAGCGAAUUGAUGGAUUUUUCUCGUGUGUGUCUGCAUUUGAAAUUGUUUGAGAAGGUUCUCAGGCUUUUUUUUCUUCGGGGGGCCGGCCGGAGAAGCCGACGAAUAAGUUCCGUCUCUCCUCUAUUAUCCCGCGCCAGUUGCUUCUUCUUCUUCUUCUUCUUCUUUUGAGACUGGCCCAUUUGAUCGCGCAUUAUAAAAAGCGGUCGUGUUCAAGCUGACGUGUUACUUUAACGAGCGUGAUGUGAUGGGCAUCUUCUCCCCAGGCCAAAAAGACUUGCCAACCGGCCUAUACACACAUCCGUUCGCACCUGACGAACUUUACAAGUCCGGCACGUACACACAGCACGAAUUUUAUUUUUUCUUAUUUCUUAUUUCUUUCGGGGAAUUGGUUAAUCGUCGUUGCAUGAAGGCAAAAGCAAAUAAACUGCUAUUGUACGGCGUACCGAAUAUACCCAAUAAUCCGCUGACUAUAACAAAUAGAUUAGGAAACAAUCUUCCCCCUCCCAAAAAAAAACCACCGGCCGUUGAUAAUUAACAAGUCGAGUUUUGUUGGUUGACACUCGAGGAAGACCUGUUGAUUUGAAUUUCCUGUACAAACAGACAAGAGCGAAUUCUGAGAGUUAAUUUCCCGAUAAAGAUGACGGCUGUCCAGUGUGGAGAAUGUGAGGGGUUCAUGCUGUUAUGUUUGUGUGGCUAAAGGAAAAUGCCAUAAAGCAUUUCAAAGUGUUCAGAAGGAAAAGAAAAAAAGAAAAACGAUGGGUGGGUGUAUCUAAGCCUAUAGAAUGUGCAUUGCUCGUGGGGGGGAGAGAGAGAGCCGAGAAGGAGUGAACAACAACACAUGCAGUCGAGAAGGAGGCGAGGCCAGCAGAUAAAGCCAAACCGAUUGCGGGAAACCUGUUGCCCGUCAGUUGGUACCGAGCCUUCGUUCCGUUCGCCUCGUCCUCCUCCUUUACAGUGUGUCGUCUCCUCUUCUCUGCAUAAAACUCCGGCCGGAAAACAAUUUUGGUUAUUUUUUCGAACGCACAUUCGACACUUUUUGUUUGGGUUAAAAAAAUGUCUUGCGCCGAGUCAUCCGACGGUGAAAGAACCGUGUCACCGACAGCUGCCGCCACCGUCCGUGAGCGUCGGCGAUUGCGCCUGUUGAAGCGCAGGUGGAAUCAAGGUGCGGCAAUCAGCAACAACAACAACCACUCACUCAACAGUUACAACAACAACAGCAACGGCGGGAUGGUGUUGAGCUUCUCGGCCUUCCGGCGGGCGCGCAGGAUGCGCCACCAGAGACGGAUGACCAAGGAAGAAUACCUCAGACUCAAGAACAUGGUGCCGGCCGUCGCCGCCCAAUCACGCGUCUCAAAGGUGCAGGUGAUCGAAGAGGCCAUCAAAUACAUCGAUUCUCUCCAUGUGGCUCUUUUUCAACGACUCAGGGCCCAGGAAUUGGCCACCACCUCCGACGCCGACACCGUAUCCAGUAGGGGUCCAGCACAGGUGACGAGGAACGAAUCGGAUGUUCAACCUGAGCCGAGCCAGCUGUGCCACUGGAUCGGUCACGUUCUGCCGACGCCUCACGCUAUAAAAACGGCCCACCUUCUGGUGAGCGAGCGGCAACAGCAGCAGCGGGACGGCAUCAAACAGUGGCCGUCUUUCAUGGAAAAAAUCGACCACAUGAUCAGGAAGAAACAGAGUUGAAAUCGCACUUCCCGCCGAAAGAAAGAAACUCCUCGGUGUCUGACUACAAAUUCCAGCUGCUGACUGCAUUUUUUACCAUCAUUUAGGCUGAUUUUUAGACGAUGAAACAAAUUGAAAAUAGGGCAACAAAUAAAUAACUAUGUGCACACCGGAAGCUGAUGGCGAAAACAUUGACAGUGGAAUGCUACAGCAGUGGAACGCCAAUCCAAACGGGAUCAUUUCGGUCACGCCUCAUAUUAAUGUGUGUUGUAUAACUACGGUAUUUUUAAUAACAUUUGUAAUAGCAAUAAAAACAGUGUCAAUUUUCA